GUAGCAUACUGAAAGCUUGGUGAAGUUUUGUAGCUACUGUAUGUAAAUUUUACGUGCCAUAGAAGAACAUGUCUCGUCUACUGUGGGCCAGUCUGUGUGUGUUGUUGGGUGCAGUGGGCCUUAGCGUGUACUGGAGCUACGAUGGGUUCGACCCAGAGUCCAUACGGGGAGCCACUGUCGUCAUCACUGGCUGCAGUACCGGCAUCGGCGAACAGAUGGCGUACCAGUACGCUCGGCUGGGAGCGAAGAUCCUCAUCACAGCCAGGAGGGAGAACCGACUCAAGGAGGUUGUCGCAAAGGCGAAGUCUUUAGGUGCUGCGGAGGCGCACUACGUGACCGGGGACAUGGGGAAACCACAGGACUGUGAGAGAACCAUUCAAACUGCCAAGGAGAAAUUCGGAAAGCUGGACUACCUGGUUCUGAACCACGCAGGCUCGAGUCUGGGUUCCCUCACCGACAGGGUGGCGAAGCUACAGAUGUGGGACCAGGACCCUGACAUGGAGUUUUUUGUUGACUUCCUGAACGUGAACAUGAUCAGUUACGUCCGGCUGGCCUCGCUGGCCCUGCCUCUGCUGAAGGAGGGAAACGGGCACAUCGUGGUCAUGGGUUCCCUGGGAGGUAAGCUUCCCGGCCCGUACUUCACAUACAUGAGCACGGCGAAGUUCGCGCUGGACGGGUUCUUCAGUUCGCUUCGUGUGGAGUUGAUGAAGGCUGAGCAGGAGGUGUCCGUGUCGUACGUGGUGGCCGGGUUCAUAGGGACGGACUCAGUAGUGGACAUGGUCAAGAAAAUGCCAGGAGGAGAGAAGUUACUGGAGACUGCCGCGCCAGUGGACGAGACGGCCGCGACCAUUCUGCGCGGAGGGGCGACCAGGACCAGGGAGAUCUACGUCCCAUCCUACACCUGGCCCAUCUCCAAGGUCCGCAUCCUGCCGGGAUGGCUGGAGGACUAUCUCAUCCUCAACGUGUUCAGUCCAUGAUGGUGCUAGAUGCUUACAAGCACACACACACGGCACACACACAGAAACACACACAUACACACACACAGGCACACACACAGAGGCACACAAACACACACUCACUC